AUGCUGGGCCACUCACGAUCACAUUCGCGACAGAGUCUCUACUCCAAGGCUUCGGCGCCUGUGGCGAGCUCCCCGAGUCGUCGACGUGUAACGAGGAGUCAGAGUCGCGAAGUUGAAGACCUUCGCGCAGCUUCUAGUUCCAAUGCGAUUCGCUCAUCUGGCAGAAAUGAUGGUUCGAAUAGGUGGGGACAAAACAAAACCCUUAACCCUGUGGUUGAAGAAUCUCCAGUUGGGACGCCGCAAAAGUCGGUCUCUCACUAUGCAAGUUCACGCUACAGUUCAGCCGUUCCAGACUACGCAGAUGAUGUGGCCAACAUUACGGGAACCACCCUUUUGCAAUCGGAACCCGAGUCUGAACCUGAACCUGAGAUGAUGCUGGAGGCACUUCCAGACCUUGAACGCACCGGGAGAAACCUGUUAGAUUACCUGGCUCCCAGCACCGCAAAUCCAGUAACCAUCGUCAACAAAGCCGAGGUGUUGAGCAACCCGGCGAACACCCAAAGCAAACACCUACGCUAUUUGACAUCCAAAUUCGCUGCAGAAUUCAGGCACUUUGGCAAUCAAACCUAUCUUGAGGUUGACGCUAUCGGUCGUGCGUUCAACACUGCUCUCGCAGGGCGACGAGGAUCUUUUCAGGACUGGGACCCAGACCCUGUCGUGCAUUUGGCCAAUUGUGUUCGAUUUGCGCACGAGAUACUAUUGGCAGGUCCUGGCCUGAAUUCCCGAAAAGAGGUGAUUCGACAUAUCGAAUCCUCGUUUCCUUUGCCUUUUAUGAGUGGGUUAGUCGCUGAAGGGCAGGAGAAACAUCCCGGGGAAAGUUCUCUGCAAAAUGACACCUUUCAUCUCGCUCUCGACAUUCGAACUCAGUCCCUGAUACUACAUUUGGAAGAGCACCAGGAUGAACCUGAAUUCAACGCCAAGCAUGCUGUUAGGCGGUUCUUUUUCAGAGGGUCGUCCCGGAAAACGUUUCGGGGGUUUAAUCUGCCAGGUUUUGGUAGUUCGAAGGGCACUCUUCCAGACAAUUACGCAGGCACUGUUCAGGAUCGCUACAACGAGAUCCUCCUUGCGGAGAUUGGUGAGGGUGGGUUUGAAGUUGGUAAUCUGAAGGGUGCGCAUCCAUGGCGGAGUUUUGCCAUGCGCACAGCCAUAUGGGUUCGUAAAAGAGUCGAGGAGAUUGAUGGAGAGCUCAAAAAGCGAAUGAGCGCGAAAGCCGUGCACGACGCUUUUUUCACAUCGAAGCAUCCUAGUUUCGCCAGUACGUUGGAAGGCCCCGAAAGUGAACCAAAUGGCGAAUUGGAGGAAGUUGUUCAACAUGUCCCGCAACAAGAGAUAUUCGAGGGGGAAACUACCCUGCAGGUAGAGGUAGAGCCGCAACAAGAGCAAAGACCAGAACCGCGACCGGAGCGGAGACGGUCCUCGAAAGGGACCUACUUGGACCCCAUAUCUAUAGGGCGUAUGAAGGAGAGAUUAGAGCGUCUUCGUUCUGUAUCUGAAGCUUCAGGCUCAGUCAACCGCCGACAAUCCGACAUUGUUCCCCCAGUGUCUCAAAAGGAACGCGAGCCCGACCGCCGAAAAACUUCUACACUUUUGCCCGCAAGCCAGUCGAAGCAACCUGCUGCGGCUCCGGAAACUCGGGCGCUCUCUUUCGAGUCAUCUUUAUUUGUAGCACAAGAAACGGGGGAACACGAAGAACUUGAAGAACCCGACAUCAGCUUGGGCGAGGAUUUGACUCUCGACGGUGGAAAUGAGGGAAGAGAUAUAGAGAGAUCGGACAGCCCGCCAGUUGCUAGAAGCACACCAUCCUCGCGCCCGCAACCAAUGUCCAACCCAAAGACGUUGACCGAACGUAUAUGGGAUGUAGUCAAAGGUGGUACAAUUACGCAACCUGCUCCAGGACCAGCUCGGAGCUCAACUGCACGAUUCAUCGACCGCCAGGAGACUGCCGAACGGGUUUCUCCGAUAAGCCAGCGCGACUCACAAAAUGCCGUUAGACGAGUUGAAGAGCGUGUGUCUCGAAAGCGUGCUCGAGUACCUCCCGAGGCAGAAACCUCCACCGAUGAUGACUUUGAUGCUGAUGAACGUGACGUGGAUCUCGAACGUCGGCGAGCUGAGAAGCCACAACAGGGAAGCAAGCGACGACGCGUUGUAGAAGAAGAUGCGGAUGAAGAAGGCGAUCAUGAAGUUGCCAACACCAACACCAAUGCCAGCCGCGACGAGGAAGACGAGGUUGAAUCUCCACGCCGCCCAGAUGCAAGAGUGCGCCCCGCCCAUAUUCGUACCUUACCAAGGAAAUCCCUGGGCUCAAGAGUUUUCUGGACGGAAGCGGAGGACAACCGUCUUAUGCGGCUGAUGAGGGAAUAUGGCACAAGCUGGGCGGUGAUCGUACGGCAAAACGAGGCUCAGCCGGUCCAAGAAGGUGAAGUGCGAAUUGAGGGACGAGACCAGGUGAAGUUUAAGGAUCGCGCCCGGAAUAUCAAGGUCAAGCUCUAUCGAGAAGGGUUACCGGUGCCCGAUUACUUCGAGAAUGUGACGAUUAAAGAAAGCGACCGGAAGAAGCUUAGGGAGCUGGGGAUUACAUUCCCGCGAUGA